ACAUGCGUGACGCCGUUAAGUCGGUCAACAACAUGGUCGAUGAAGUGAACAGCGCGGAGAUUUAGACCUUCUAUUUUUGCUGAGGUUAGAAUGAGUCUGCUCGCACAUUGGAGAAGAUGUUUUGCUUUAAGAGCUAGAGGAAACAUCCAUUCCAUGGUCUGUGGGAAAGGUUUGAUCACAUUGCGAUGUUUUGGAGACAUGUCUGAUCAAUCAUACUGGAACAACUUUUAUUCCAGUUGUCAAGGUAACAAACACUUUGACUGGUUUGUGCGUUUUGAAGAUGCCAUUGAAUAUAUUGAGCCGUACCUCCCCCCUGUCAGUAACAGUUUUGUCACAAGAAUUUUGGAGAUUGGUUGCGGAACCUCAGAGUUCAGUUUAAAGCUCUUUGAACACUUCAAUCGUAACUGUCGCAUUGAUUGCAUCGACUUUUCACUCGAAGCGAUAAAAUUUUUGAGAAAAAACAUCCAAGAACGUGGGUUAGUUGCAAAGGAGAUUGUCGAGACAGAGAGAAAACUGGAAUAUAGUCUUGAUUUGACUGGCCUGGCUUGUCAUCAAGCUGAUGCAAAGAACAUGCCUUUUGCAGAUGAAACAUUUUCUCUUGCUCUUGAUAAGGGUACUUCCGAUGCAGUUCUAAAAGGACCAAAAGGAGAUGUCGCAUUUGCAGACGUGUUACAUGAGUGUUUGCGUGUCUUGAAACCUCGUGGAAAGCUGAUUCAGUUCUCUGAUGAACCACCGGAGUUGCGUUUGGGCGCUUUGGAAAAAGUAACAAAUGACUUUGUUCAGACGUACUCUACAGGGCUUAAUUCUUCGAAGCUACGUUUGUCCUGGCGUGAACUUAGCACACAGUCAAUUUUUCAGCAUUAUUUGUAUGUCGUCCACAAAGAGGGUGUAGGCGAGCAUCGAUAAAUUUCAAGUUUUAGAGCAGUGUUGGAUUGAGUGUCGACAGUAAUCCAUUAUUGCUUUGGCUUAGCACUUUGAUUGUUACAGAAAACUCGCACCACCAUCUCCAGUCAGAUUCAAAACUAAAUUAAACCAACUGUGCUUGGUCACUUGUCUUUUCCCGCCUUUCAUGCAGUUAGCCUGUUUUACUUUUAUCGUCCUUUACGAACGGUGAUGUUGAACUUUGCUCCCAUUGGCUCAAGGGUUUUGGUAACUUUGGUUUUGAUUUUUCGAAACUCAACUGAAAACUGCGCUAAUCGUUAAUCCAUUCAUUGAGUCCCCAAUUGGCACAGAGGUACUAGAUACAUGGAAAACGAAUUGAAAUUUCUAUUUUGUUUUACCUCUAUUACGAUCGGAGGCCUCCGGCUGAAGCCAUGAAGUGUUUCGUCCAGGUCAAAUCAUCAGUGUCACAAACAGUGUGUCACGUUACCAGGUCGAGCCAAGAAAUUUUUUCGUUGUGUUUACCUUUUAAUAAAUUAAGCCUCACCUUUCCCAAAGCCCUUCGAAUGAAUGUUUUCUCCACCUCUUAACUGAAAAAAAAAAAAAACAUCUUUAAUGUGCGCCUGUUUGAUUACCAUGUAACAGUCCGACUGGAAAGCAUGAGGAAACAUUACUUUGUACAGAUCAAGCAUUACGCCCACGCUGUAGGUCGGCCGCAAAGGUUCCGUUCGAACCCUGAGUUCUUGUCUCAUGAAUAAAGAGUGCACUUUAUUCGACGUGACGAUUGGAUCAACCCAUAUUUAGGAGGUCUUGUUAGCAACUUGUACAACGAUCAGUAUGACCACGUGAACAGUGCACAGAUUGCACGUGCUUCCUGUGUGCAUAGGUAAACAUCCUUCAGGUUCAAACGAAAUUGUAACCAAAUUGUUUGCUUGACUUUUACAGGCUAAAUGAAGAACUUUUUAUGUUUUAAAAAAAUUAUGAAGUGUAGUGUAGAGCCUCUACCAAUCCCUCCAGACAUCUACUUUGAAGUAGUUAACCUUAGUUAUAACCAAUGCUUUCCUCACCAACUGGCAACAUGUGAGACCGUGUUCGCUGGAGAGUUUUCGUUUUGAAUUUCGUGGACAAUUAGUGUUUUGCGAACAAGGAUUCAGGGCAUGUUCCCUUGAACUUGGUGAAAAGGAAGAAUUUUGAUUUCGGCUAAGGGGAUAUAGAUCUCAAUCCUGAUAAUGUUCAUAUGGUAAAUUUUUACCUUGAGUAUAUCGUGAUCAACAAGUCGAAAGUUUCAAGGUUCAUCUCGGCAACCAAAAGUGAAUUUUCUUAUGGGAAUAUUACCCGCUCCAUUACUGAGAUCUCGAUCCCUCAAGGUUAUA